CAUAGCGCUUAAAGUGGUAGUAGGUCACUUGUCCUUAUUUGGAAACUCUGGCCAACGCGCUCCACCCCUGUCGUACCUGAAGGCCGAUCGGACUUCAACGUCUGGGGCACCAUUCGUAUAUUCGCUCUCCAGUCGUCGUUAUGCCUCUUGUCAUAGAUAUCAAUCUGGCUGGGAGACCAAGGGAAGUGUUAAUUCCUCUCACUUUCAACCACGAAGCGCGGCACUGUAUCAUAGUUGAUUUGCAUCUAUCUUUGGAGCUAAACAUUAUUCUCCAGAAACAUCCUUUUAUCCUAGACUUGAAAAACCGGGAGAUCUUCCACAACAGUCGAAUAUGCACAGCAACCGAGCAAACUCUUCAUGUGUAUGGUGUGACACAUGCGAUUACGCUGGAUGCGGUGAUUGGCUUGCUAGAGAUUAUAUCGAAGAGUAUCCACGGAGAGGAACAAGAGGCUUUAAGAAUUGAACAUGUUACCUGUUUCAAUAAUUACGAGUCCCCAUCAAUGGACUCAACGAGUAUCGCUCACCCUGAGAAAGAAAUAUAGGAGAGUGACGAAGGCUUCUCAAAUAUGCACAUUUAUAGUAUGAGUAAAGGUAUUAUAUUGAACUGAGCAGGCAGCUCCUAUCUACUACUGUAAUGACUGUGUAUACAGGUGCUUUGUGACACUGGGAACCACAGGAACUCAUAGAACA